GAGUGUAAUGUGCAGCAGUGGAGAAGCAGCGUGCUCCAGACUGCAGACCUACUCGCCAUUCAGGACGUGAGGGAGGACGACAUCGGCAACUACACCUGUGAGCUGCUUUUCGGAGGCUUCCUGGUGCGGAGGACGACCUAUCUGAGCGUGACAGCUCCUCUGACUGAAGAGCCCCCCAGGAUUCUGUUUCCCUCUGAAAACAAGCUCCUCGCCAUGGACGUGCAGCUCGGAAGCAUGCUGAAUCUGACGUGCAGAGCCUUCUUCGGGUACAGUGGGGACAUCAGUCCACUUGUUUACUGGAUGAAAGGAGAGAAGUUCAUUGAGGAUAUGGACCAGAGCCGCAUUCGAGAGAGUGAAAUCAAGACCGUCAGGGAACACCUGGGUGAGCAGGAAGUGUCCAUUACUCUGACCAUAGAUUCACUGGAGGAGGUCGAUCUGGGUAAUUAUUCCUGCUAUGCGGAAAACGGCAAUGGGAGACGACAAGCCAACGUGCAGAUUGGGAAACGAGUGGAGCUGAUGUACACUGUGGAGCUGGCCGGCGGGCUGGGUGCGAUUCUCCUGCUGUUGGCGUUGUUAUUGUCUGUGUAUAAAUGCUACAGGAUUGAGCUGCUGCUGUGCUACAGGCAUCACUUCGGAGGAGAGGAUACAGACGGAGAUAAUAAAGAGUAUGACGCGUACCUGUCCUACAGUAAAGUGGAGCUGGAUCAGUGGGGUCAAGAGUUACAGGAGGAGGAGCGAUUUGCUCUGGAGAUCCUGCCGGAUGUCCUGGAAAAACAUUACGGAUACAAACUCUUCAUUCCUGACCGAGAUCUAAUUCCUACAAGCAGUAUGAGCAGUCAACAUUACCAGGAUGACACACAUCUUCUUAGAGCUUACAUAGAGGACGUGUCCCGCUGCGUAGACAUGAGUAAACGGCUGAUCAUCGUUCUGACCCCGAGCUACGUGCUGCGUCGCGGAUGGAGUAUAUUUGAGCUGGAGUCCCGUCUGCGCAACUCUCUGGUUUCAGGGGACAUUAAAGUGAUCUUAAUUGAGUGUGCCGAUCUGCGAGGAGUCAUUAACUACCAGGAGGUGGAAGAGUUAAAACAAUCCAUUAAAUGCUUGAGUGUGGUGCACUGGAACGGCCCGCAGAGCAACAAGCCCGGCUCUCGCUUCUGGAAGCAGCUCCGCUACACCAUGCCCUACCGCCGUCCACAGCAAACCAUCACCAACCAUGCGCUGGACACCAGUGAACCCGGCCCCUUUGCUGACCUGCAGACCGUCUCCGCUAUCUCAAUGGCCACGGCUACAUCCGCCGCCUUGGCACCGGCUCACCCGGAGCUGCGCCCAUCCCUGCGGAGCUCAUACCGCUCGCAUUCGCUGGCCAGGCAGAAACACUCGCACUACCGCAGCUAUGACUACGAGCUGCCCUUCACGGCCGGAGGCACACUGCCACCCCAGCACACCUACUGCAACCUGCCCCUCACUCUCCUGAACGGCCAGCGGCCCGUCAACAACAAGACCCUGCGCCAGCACAGCCUGGACGAGCACCACGGCAACAACGCCAUGCUCCCGCUGCUGCCCCGAGAGACCAGCAUCUCCAGCGUCAUCUGGUAGAGAUCCAAACCAGUUUGAGACACACAGGAGACUGAAUAAGCUGGCAAACAGCACAGGACACAAUGAGGUUAGUGGGUUCCUGUCAGCAGAAUGAUCGUUCUGUCCACACUAAGUGGGUCUUGAAGGUGCGAGUCUACUUUUGGGGCGGCGUGGGACGACGUGGUGCCGAAUCUGUGGGUGUGAACUGAGCAUAUGAAGCCACACCACAUGGAGGUAUACAGGGUCUCGUGUAGAUGUUAGCGUUAUAUUUGUAGCACCGCUGUCUUCCUGUCUCCAUGUUGGGUUUGAUCACGCCAUCUAUUUUUACUCGUUAAACGCUUGACGCUUUGGUUUUUGUCCCUUUUUCCUCUUUUAUUUUUUCGUUGGGUUUGACAUGGACAUUCGAUUGAGAUUUUUGUUUCCUACCUUCUUUGGAAAUGGACUGAAAUAUUCCUCGUUUGAUUUUAGCUACUGUCGUUUUUGCUCGGAAGCUACUGCGUUUUGUUCUGUCCCUCUUUCCGUUGUCCGAUGUAAGGUAUGUAUUUAUGGUUUCAAAUCGCGAAAAAUUUUCAAGAAGGAAAUAUAUAUUACAAAUUAUGCAAAAUAUACGAAAGCCUAAAGGGGUCGACCGAGAUGAUCAGAGAACGGUGCUGUCUUCUUUCACAAGAGGAGCAGCACCCUUUCUCGAAUAUUAAGGGGAUUUUAAAUGACGAGAAAUCUAUUUUUAUAUCAGAAGAGUGCUGUUUCUCUCUAAUACCACAGGGUCAUUGGGACAAUGGGACUGAAGACUCUCUUAUUUGUGAAUUUGGGUAUUUUAUACAGUUUGCUACAUUGUUCUCAUCUAUGGAGAAAAGGAGGCAUUUUAUGUUCACUUCUGAAACAAUAAUCAACUGCAUUUUUGGUUUUGUAUCUUUCUUUUUUUAUUUAUGUUUGUAGUCUAGGACUUUUGAUCCGCAGACAGACCUUUUCACCUUCUUUCACGUUUCUAAUCUGUUAGCUCUCAGUGUGACAUCUGAACUCACUGGUUACAUGCUUGUCUUUUUCUCCUCUAGCUGCUGUGUAACUCAGAUACAUGCUGGCAUGUUUCACAGAGGAACACGGGCCUGUAUACUCGCAUCCUAGUAUAGAGUCUCAAAUAACUCCGCUUGAAUACAUACCAUAUGAUUUAAUAAAUGCCCAAAGUCAACAUAUAUUUGUUGUUAUCUUGUCUAGAGGUUUCCUGAUGUAGGGGUUUUCGCUUAUGGCAGCAUGUACUGACUCUAAGGGGGAAAAACACAAAGCUAGAAUCAGAAAUCAAGAGGUUUGACAGUAAAAAAGAAAAGAAGAAAAAAAAGAGGUCUAACUGUAAAAAAAAAAAAAUCUGAAACUAUUCCUGUAAUUUCUUUUCUCCUAUUUUCUUUCUCUCUUUUUUUUUCGAAAUUCAGUUGCAAAAAAAAGUUGUUUAUAAAAUAAUUAGAAUUAUGUAUGAAUGUUUACCUCUUGAGUAUGCAUAGAGACUAGUUGUGUAUCCUGAUUUGAAUAUUUACUGUAUUAUGAACAACAGCUAUCACAGAGAGAUGUGUGAUCUCUCUAGAGGCACAAUCAUUUUUCUUUUUAUAUUGUUUCUCACUGUGUACAGUAAAGUCACAAACCACUAUAAGCUGGUCGGUGAACUUUUGUGUGUG